AACCACAGCUGAGGAGACACUCGGAGACUCUUCCGUUUCUCAGUCAUGCAACUCUGGAAAAUAACCAAAGUUAGACUCGACGUUUUUAGACCUCAAGGUUUUCAAGAAAAUUCCUGAAACACUGACCUUUUUAAUGGGUAUUUGUAUUGUAGCAUAGAAGCCACACGUGUUGGACAAGUGGACGAAGAACGUGCCCUUCAUCCCUCCGUGCCUCCCCCCCGCCCCGGGUCUCGACCUCAGUGGAAUUUAUUUCCCCUUGUGGCCGUCAGGUUGAGGAACACGUGGCGUCGUCGGCCUGACCACCGCCGUGUGUGCGUGAUACUUUAAGAACUGCUAAUGCAUCGACUAAGGACUUGUGCGGCGCGGUUGCGUCCGCUCACCGCCUCGCAGGCGGCUCAGACUAUAGGCCAGCAACGGCCGAUCACAGUUGCCAACACUGGCAGCGCAAGGACGUUUCGGCCAAUCAGGUGCUACUCUGCGCCGGUGGCCUCUGAGCCGUUCCUGAACGGGACGAGCUCCAACUACGUGGAGGAAAUGUACUAUGCCUGGCUGGAGAACCCAAAGAGUGUUCACAAGUCGUGGGAUGUGUUUUUCCGCAACGCCCACGCCGGCGCUCCCCCUGGUGCUGCGUAUCAGUCUCCUCUGGGUCUGUCCGCGGCGUCGGGCCUCGUUGCUCCUCAGCUCACCUCUCUGGUUGGGGCUCAGCCAAAUGUGGAGAAGCUGGUGGAGGAUCACCUGGCCGUCCAGUCCCUCAUCAGGGCGUACCAGAUCCGAGGUCACCAAGUGGCCCAGUUGGACCCCCUAGGCAUCAUGGACGCCGAUCUGGAUUCUUGUGUUCCCACUGACAUAAUCACUUCCUCCGACAAGCUGGGCUUCUACGGUCUGGUCGAGUCUGAUCUGGACAAGGUGUUUCGUCUGCCCACGACCACCUUCAUUGGAGGCUCAGAGAGCGCCCUCCCGCUGAAGGAGAUCAUUCGCCGCCUGGAGAUGGCGUACUGUCAGCACAUCGGCGUUGAGUUCAUGUUCAUCAACGACCUGGAGCAGUGUCAGUGGAUCAGACAGAAGUUUGAGACUCCGGGAGUGAUGCAGUUCACUCUGGAGGAGAAGAGGACGCUGCUGGCCCGCAUGGUCAGGUCCACCAGGUUUGAAGAGUUCCUGCAGAAGAAGUGGUCGGCAGAGAAGCGUUUUGGUCUGGAGGGAUGCGAGUCCCUGAUCCCUGCUCUGAAAACCAUCAUUGAUAAAUCCUCUGAGAACGGAGUGGAGAACGUCAUCAUGGGAAUGCCUCACAGGGGUCGCCUCAAUGUUUUGGCAAACGUGAUCCGGAAAGAGUUGGAGCAGAUCUUCUGUCAAUUUGACUCCAAACUGGAGGCAACCGAUGAGGGCUCUGGCGAUGUGAAGUAUCAUCUGGGAAUGUAUCACCGUCGCAUCAACCGCGUCACGGACCGGAACAUCUCUCUCUCACUGGUGGCCAACCCCUCUCACCUGGAGGCGGUCGACCCCGUGGUCCAGGGGAAAACCAAGGCGGAGCAGUUCUACUGCGCGGACAAUGACGGGAAACGGGUGAUGUCAAUCCUUCUUCACGGAGACGCCGCAUUUGCCGGUCAGGGCAUCGUCUACGAGACCUUCCACUUGUCCGAUCUGCCGUCCUACACCACGCACGGCACCGUGCACGUCGUCGUCAACAACCAGAUCGGUUUCACCACCGACCCCCGUAUGGCCCGCUCCUCCCCGUACCCCACGGACGUGGCCCGAGUUGUCAACGCUCCCAUCUUCCACGUCAACGCUGACGACCCCGAGGCGGUGAUCUACGUCUGCAAGGUGGCCGCCGAGUGGAGAGCCACGUUCCACAAAGACGUGGUGGUCGACCUGGUGUGCUACCGCCGAAUGGGUCACAACGAAAUGGACGAGCCCAUGUUCACGCAGCCCCUGAUGUACAAGCAGAUCAAGAAGCAGAAACCGGUGCUGCAGAAAUACGCAGAGAAGCUCAUCGCAGAGGGCGCCGUUAGCCGACAGGAGUACGAGGAGGAGAUUGCCAAGUACGAUAAGAUUUGCGAGGAGGCGUACACUCGCUCCAAAGACGAGAAAAUCCUCCACAUCAAGCACUGGCUGGAUUCACCGUGGCCCGGUUUUUUCACCCUGGAUGGACAGCCCAAGUCCAUGAGCUGCCCCUCCACAGGUCUGACUGAAGAAAACCUGAACCACAUCGGACAGAUUGCCUCUUCUGUCCCCGUGGAGGACUUCACCAUCCACGGAGGUCUCAGUCGCAUCUUGAAAGGCCGAGGCAAGAUGAUCGAGAACCGCACGGUGGACUGGGCGUUGGCCGAGUACAUGGCCUUCGGAUCGCUGCUGAAAGAAGGAACUCACAUCCGGCUAUCGGGACAGGACGUGGAGCGAGGGACGUUUAGCCACCGGCAUCACGUCCUCCAUGACCAGAACGUGGACAAGAGGAUCUGUAUUCCCAUGAACCACCUCUCUCCUGACCAGGCACCGUACACCGUCUGCAACAGCUCGCUGUCAGAGUACGGCGUCCUGGGCUUUGAGCUGGGCUUCGCCAUGGCCAGUCCUAACGCUCUGAUCCUGUGGGAGGCGCAGUUCGGCGACUUCCACAACACGGCCCAGUGCAUCAUCGACCAGUUCAUCUGUGCCGGUCAGGCCAAGUGGGUCAGACAGAAUGGCAUCGUGCUGCUGCUGCCACACGGACUGGAGGGCAUGGGUCCAGAACAUUCUUCGGCUCGGCCAGAGAGAUUCCUCCAGAUGUGUAAUGAUGAUCCAGAUGUGAUGCCUAACAUUACAGACGACUUCGCCGUUCGUCAGCUCUACGACUGUAACUGGAUCGUAGUGAACUGUGCCUCUCCAGGAAAUUACUUCCACGUCCUCAGACGACAGAUCCUCCUGCCCUUCAGGAAGCCACUAAUCGUCUUCACUCCAAAGUCUCUGCUGCGCCACCCGGAGGCCAGGUCCAACUUUGACGAGAUGCUCCCUGGAACUCACUUCCAGAGGUUGAUCCCCGACAACGGCCCGGCGUCGGAGCGUCCCGAGGAGGUGAAGAGGGUGAUCUUCUGCACGGGGAAGGUUUACUACGAGCUGACCAAGGAGAGGAAGAGCAAAGGGAUGGACGGAGACGUCGCCAUCUCACGCAUAGAGCAGCUGUCUCCGUUCCCAUUUGACCAGGUGAGGGCUGAGUCGGAGCGUUACGCCAACGCCGACUUGGUCUGGUGUCAGGAGGAGCACAAGAACCAGGGAUACUACGACUACGUGAAGCCCCGGAUCAGAACCACCAUCCAGAGGGCCAAACCUGUCUGGUACGCCGGCAGAGAGCCAGCCGCAGCCCCUGCCACAGGAAACAAAAACACUCACCUGAUGGAGCUGCGGCGUUUCCUGGACACUGCCUUCGACCUGGACGCAUUCAAGGAUCAACAGUAAAAAAAAAACCUGUGACCUUUAACCCCUCCCCUCCCCCCUCUUCCCUUCAUCUGUCCCACCUGUGACUCCUGACCUCUGGAUCCCAGUUUUUACUCAAACACGACCAUAUUCUCAAACCACUCAGUAAAAAAAAAAUAAAAUAAAUUAAAAAAAUUACGACCUCAGAAAACAAAUACACUCUGUGUAGUACUCAGCAAAAUACUUCAAACGAAACGGAGUACGAAGUAAAACGCAAAACGUUGAGUGUAAAUCACACACAAACACUACACUGAUACUAUUAAACUUCACAGGGGGCAGCAUCCGGUCGAUUUUACUUCUACUGCAGGAUGUACUGCAGUAGUACAAACUGUAUCGUGUCAGAGUUUUUUUUUCUCUCCUCAUUUUCACUGAUAUAUAUAUAUGAUAAAAAAUAUCGGAGUAAAUUAUGUAUCAGUCAGGCUCACUGUGGUCCACCAUGAAGAGACCAGUGACCCAAUUUUGGCCCCCGAGCCACAGGUUGUAGACCCCCUGGUAUGAACUGAUUUGGCUGCAGGGUGGUUUUUUUUUUUUAUUUAUUUGGUUUUUUUUAAACAGCGACAUCUGGUGGAGAACUCCCAUCAGUGAUUGAGUAGAGUGAGCGAGCAACAAAGUGGUGUGAGGGGGAGGUAGGGUGAGAGAUUAUUUUUAUCUGAGGUCACAAUUUAGCGGAGUUCCUGAACAUGAAAUUUGACUUCUCAACAGCGCCCCCUCUCAUCUCCAUUUAGCACAGCAGGUCAGGGUUUAUAACAGAUGGUCCAGAAAACUUUUUUAUUUUUUUAUUUUUUCUUCCUCAUAUUCGUCAUCACUGCUUCUUAACUUUGAAUCCACUCCUCGACCCAGAAACCACCGUCACCUGCUUCACUAUUCCCGGCGACGGCAAAUAUUUAAAAACUCCUUGGAGUGGAGCUAGCUCGGGAAAAACGGUGUACUUUUUUUUUUUUUCUUUUUAAGGUUUAGCAUCUCCUUUUUUUCCGGGUUUUUAUUUUAGUCGAUUAAGACACACAUUUAGACGUUUGCUGGUGGAAAAGGGAGAAUUAAAAACAAUACAACUGAAUGCACUGCUCACCAUUAAUUUAUCUCCUUAGUUUCCGGGCUCUCUUCUAUCGCAGCUUUUACCCUGUGCCAAAGCAGAGUGUCUCCUGAUUUUAUUGAGUUUUCCUGUCUGUCAUCUGAAUGAACUCUGUCUGUCGCCACAAAAACAAAUGAAUAAACAAAUGAAUGAAUAAACGGAUAAAUACAAACAAAGUCUAAAUCUCCUGGUUUGAAGCUGCGCUGACGUAGAAAGAAAAGAAAAUGAUUUAUUUAUUUUCAUAAUCGGGGGAUUUCACUUCCAUCACUUGAUUCAAUAAAGAAUUCUACUGAAAGA